AUGACAAUUGUCGACUCAAAAGCUCCACUGGAGCUCGAUGUCAUUGGUCCUAGCUCCCAGAUAGCCCAAGAUGUUGACAUUGAAGGCAUCAAAGAUGUCACUAUGGCGGGAGAAACCAUGCAGGAAGAACAGAGCCGACCUCGGAGUAAAUUUCGCACGGCGAUGAUAUUGACUGCUCUCUACCUUUCACUCUUUGUUGCCGCCCUAGAUGCCACCAUCGUCGCAACAGCUGUACCGAUCAUCACCGCCGAUUUGAAAUCUGCCGCUGGCUACAUCUGGAUCGGUGGUGCAUAUCUUAUUGCCAAUGCUGCCGCUGCGCCGAUAUGGGUCAAGUUAUCCGACAUUUGGGGCCGAAAGCCGAUCUUCCUUGUUGCAAUCGCUGUCUUUUUUGCCAGCUCAGUGGUUUGUGCUGCAGCGGUGAAUAUGCAGAUGCUGAUUGUCGGUCGUGCAAUUCAAGGUGCUGCCGGAGGUGGCUUGAUCUGUAUGGUUAGUGUUGCCAUAUCUGAUCUUUUCAGUGUGCGCGAACGAAGCCUUUGGCUCGGAUUUUGUGAAGGUGUCUGGGCUCUCAGUGGAGCUGUUGGGCCACUGCUCGGCGGCGCUUUCGCGACUUUCAAUUGGCGUUGGUGCUUUUGGUGCAACCUGCCCAUUGCCGGAACCGCAUUUGUCUUGAUCUUCUUCUUUCUUAAUGUUCACAAUCCUCGAACACCUGUAUAUGAGGGUGUUAAGGCGAUUGACUGGUUUGGAUGUAUCUCGAUCGUGGGAAUCGUGGUCAUGCUACUACUAGGACUUGACUUGGGUGGCGCCAUCUAUCCUUGGGGCUCGGCCAAGGUUAUUUGCCUGCUCGUUUUCGGCUCUCUCAUGAUCUUCGUUUUCAUCUAUAGCGAACGCAAACUUGCGAAAUACCCUGUCAUUCCGCUGUCGCUGUUUGGAUCGAGGAACAUUGCAACUCUUAUUGUUACCUUCUUCCAUGGGCUGGUCUUUAUUGCCGCAGAAUACUAUUUACCCCUCUACUUCCAGAGCGUGAAAGAGGCUUCACCACUUCGCUCAGGUGUAUUACUCGUGCCAUUAAUUGUGGCCACAGCAGGUACCGGUGUUUUGAACGGGAUCUUCAUACAUCGAACCGGACAAUAUCGGCCACCUAUGUGGUUAGGCACCGUUCUCAUGACCCUUGGAAAUGGUCUCUACAUCAUGCUUAACCCUGAUACAUCGAUCGGGGCUAUCAUUGCCUUUGAGAUCAUCGAAGGUAUCGGGUCCGGCCUCCUAUUUGAACCACCUCUACUUGCGAUUCAACAGGGCGUUUCACAGAACGACGUUGGAACUGCCACUUCCACACAGAGCUUUGUUCGAAGCAUGGCACUUUCACUUGGUGUCAUAGUUGGUGGCAUUGUCUUCCAGCAAAGCAUGGACCUACGCCAGCCUUUCUUAAGAGACGCAGGUCUUUCAGGAACUGUAUUGGAAGAACUCUCCGGGAAGAAUGCAGGUGCGAACGUCAUGGUUGGUCAAACCCUACCAGCAGCUCAAGAACUCGCGGUCAAAUUGGCCUUCUCGUGGAGUAUCAGAAACAUGUUCAUCAUGUUUACGGCUCUCAGUUUCCUCAGCAUCGUGGCGAGCAUUUUCAUUCGAACUCACAAGCUCUCGGAAACCCACACUGAGACUGUGACCGGACUUAGAAAGGAAGAACAUUCUCAAAACGCCUAA